AUGUCGUGCCUUUCCAGCCUUAUCAGCUGCUGCCUACCUACCAAAUCGAUCGAAUCUGCGAGAGAAACACCCCACUAUCCUAACGUCCCAACGGGCGACAUUAACACUGCUCAACCACCACAAGAUGGUUCCGAAUAUGGUGGCUAUACGUCAGCCCCUCUCCCGGCAUACACACCGCCGGCAGGGAUAGAGAUGACCGCCCAGGAAAAGACCUUAGCAGCACAUAUGCGCGACCCCUCAGUCUCCAACGAAACAUACCGUCAUCACCAGUAUUAUCAGAACAGCACAGCAACAGAAGAAAAGCAGCGUCUAGCUUGGGAAGAGGUAGCAGCCACUUACUCCCACUCCACCUCCACCUCCACCUCCGACUCUCCCUACCCCUACUACCCCUAUCACACCCACCCGCGCCCCGAAGAAGUCUCGUCGGACGUCUCCUCUGCCAUCUCGUUCCCGAGUAGCUACGGGAACACAUCAACGGCGACAAGGGAGACGCCGCCGCCGCCGUACUCGCCGCGGGCAUUCUCUCCAGCGCCAUCAAGACGGUCGAUGUCAAUAUCCUCUUCGUUUCGACAUCAGCAGAACCAGUUGCAGAUGCAAUUGCCGAUGUCGGCAAUCACACAGCCAGCACCGGUGUUUCAGGCGGGAAGACUCCCAAGGUGGAGUGCUAGCCUUGAUGCCGGUGCUUGCUCUGGAAUACCUCCCGUUUUGCAUCCGGAAUACGAGCGCAGUGCCUCGACGACGCCGCCGCCGCCGCCGCCUCCCUCUAGGCCGGUCAGGUUCUCGUGGGAGAGUGACCGUGGGUAG